ACGAAACUGCCCACUUGGAAUAACUUGCCCAUUAACGUUAGUGGACAACCAGUAACGUUAAUGGCCAAUUUUAGAGGGUUGGUGGGGUGUGCGCAUGCGUGUGUUUGUCUGGGGCGUUCGGGGUGUAUAAAAAAGGGCGUUAGUUGGAGCAGAUAGUUGGGUGCCGCCGCUGCUGCUGUUGUGUGCACUGCCGCUACUGCCGCUGCUGCUGCUGUUGUGUGCGCUGUUGCUGUUUUUUUUAAGUGCGUGCGGAUUUCAGUUGGUUUAAACACCGACCGAUCUUAUUAAUACUGUAAUGGAUCGAAGAGACUCUCAGCGGAAAAAGUUUUAUAAUGUUAUUUAUUCCAACGGGUGUUUCUUUUUCACUUCAAGGAAGUUAAAACAUUAUAUAAGACGCGUCAUCGCGGCAAAGAAGGGUGACAGAUAAAAGUAUCCUCCUGAUUAUGCUGUGUUAAAUAGGUACGACGUUGCAAGAAUUGUGGAAGAUAAAGAGAUUCUUAUCAGGAAAAAUUCCAUAGACCCAUAUAUACGAUAUAUAUAUCUGAAACAGAGAUGUUUGAUGUUAUUUACGACGCCUACGUCAAUGUCUGCCACGGAGGACAAAAAAUAACUUAUUGUUAGAUUAAAAAGACCGUUGCCAACGUGACCCGGGAACAAGUUGCCCUGUUUUUAUCCUAUUGUGUAACAUGCGAGGAGAAGAGGUCGAUCAAGAAAAAUAAGAGAGUAGUAAGACCAAUCACGAGUAGUGGCUACAACGAAAGGGGGAAGUGGAUUUAAUAGACAUACGAUCUUGCAAGACCACAGAUAAUUACUGCUUCAUAUUACAUUAUCAAGAUCAUUUUACAAAAUUUAGCGUAUUAAAGGCUUUGCAUUCAAAGCAAACCUCUGAAGUUUCACACCAUCUCUAUGAUAUAUUUACUCUCAUAGGGGCGCCAAAAAUUCUUCAAAGAGAUAACGCCAACGAGUUCGUUGGAACCCCACUAACAACAAUGAUGCAUACAUUUUGGCUUGAGACAGAGCUUAUCAGGGUAUCCCCCAGACAUCCUCAGAGCCAGGGAUCUGUGGAAAAGGCCAACAGCGACAUAAAAAUGAUGUUAUGGGGAUUGAUGCGGGAGAAGAACACUUACAACUGGAUGGACUUACUCAAGCAGGUGCAAUGGACCAAAAAUACUGUCAACCAUAGACUAAAUGGAAUGUCUCCCUACGAAGCAAUGUUCGGGCAGAAGCACGCAUCACCUAUGAAAAUCACAGAACGGGUAAGAAAUUGUGUUUUUUAUCUUAAUUAUGAAAUUCAGUUUGACAGAUUAGAGAAUUUUGGUAGGUUGAUUGUUUUACACAAGUAACCCAAACUAUUUUUUUCCAGGAGACUGACUACGAAGGGACUGAACAGCAACAACAACAGCAACAACAAGAACAACAACCAUGGGAUAAACAGAUGGAGAUUGAGGAAGAAGACGGAGCGGGGAUAGAACAGCAGCAGCAGCAACAGAAACCAUCAUGGGAUGAACAGAUGGGUCCCAGGGAAAAAGACGGAGCGGGGGGUACAACAGCAGCAACAGCAGCAGCAACAACAACCAUCAUGGGAUGAACAGAUGGGUCCCAGGGAAAAAGACGGAGACGGGGUACAACAACAACAACAACAACAACAACAUCAUGGGAUGAACAGAUGGGAUCCACGGAAAAAGACGGAGACUUGGUACAAGAGCAGCAGCAGCAACCAUCAUGGGAUGAACAGAUGGGGUCCAGGGAAAAAGACGGAGACGGGAUACAACAGCAGCAGCAACCACCAUGGGAUGAACAGAUGGGGACCAGGGAAAAAGACAGAGAGGGAGUACAUCAGCAGCAGCAAGAGGAGGAGGGGGAACAGAAGAGGAAGAUCAGCAGCGGUUAUACAAUGAAGAGGUCGGAAUUUCCGGAGAUGGAGAAUUGGUAGAGGAUGAGGAAGAACACGCAAAUGCAACUGUAAAUGAACAACAUUUGGAAAAUUUUAUGAAGAUUAGACAGCGAGUGAGAGAUGGGAUCGAACAACAAGCAUCUAAGAUGAUUAGGCCUACUUUCUCCUCUUCCUUACAUCCCGAGAUCAACGACUGUGUCAACGUCACGAUUCCUCAGAUAGAUCGGCCGAGGAAGAUGAGCAUGCAAAAUUUUGUUGGAGUAAUUGUGGCCAUCGAAGAAAAAAAAGGGACACAAGCUAUACAGUGUAGCAACAGAAUACGGUUGUAUAAGGCCAUUACUCUCUCGCAAUCAAUUUGAAAUCUACCGCCGAAGGAAUGUGAUAGAUAUCGAGACGGUGAACAGAGAACGGACAGUAUCCAUCUGAAAAAUAGCUGCCGCGGAAGCGAUCAAGGGCAGUGAGGAGCCCUCCUCCAAUGUUUGUCACUGUGCUACAGAUUUCUGUAGGACAAUGCGCUGCUUUUGCAAGAGAAGUGGCUUAUUGUAUACGGAACGAUAUAAGAGGGGGGGGGCGCAUGAAGUCAAGGCUGGCGGGAAGGGAAGGAGUACGCCGCUCCAAUGUGUUGCCUUGGCCUUGGCUGUGGCUCACUGACACGUGGCUUAGCUUAGGGAUAAAGAGAGAGAAGGCGGGACGGCAGUGGGUGGGCAAGAGAUAGCGACGACGGUGAAAGGGGAGUAGUAGUAGUAGUAGUAGUAGUACGGCAGUGUGCCCAAAGACUGUGCCUGAGUUUGUAGGAGUGACAGGUGCCCGUGUCAGUGAGGAGAAUGAAUAGACAGACAGACAUAGAGAGAAAGACGUAAGGGUGGCCUGUGUGUGCUGGGCGAUGCAUCACUAUUCUCUCCCCUCGUUCAUCUUUACUGUGUAGCCCGAUAAUACAGCGGUGCCUUAAGAGACAAGUGUUCCUAAGUGUCUAUGAUUCUGUCGAGCAGUGACCUUUAUAACAUAAGAAACGGACCCAUGGUAAGUUUUCGUGUGUUUAACACGUCCAGCCACGCCCCUGGACUUCUCACACUAAACGAUGUGUGUGUAAUGAAACAGGUAUAGACAUCUGAGGAUGUGGUUACUCAAACCGUGAGGUAAGUACGGUGAAAAAAAAAAAAUGGUCUGAGAAGUACCGGAAUAUUUAUUUUAUGGGUGUCGAGAGGCAGAUAAUCAGUGAAGGUCGCGGGAUUAGGGCGGCUGGCAGCACGGUUGGCAUAGCCCCACUCUGGGAGAAGGGGGGAGCGGAAUGCAUGGAGGACACAUUGGGGAGUAGUGGAAGCAUCUAUCUGACGAAGGAGAGCGAGUCAGGGAUGAGAGAAUAUGGGUGGAAACCCGCCGAGAACAAGAAACGUAUUGCUAUAGAUGACACUACCGAUUCUAUAAAUAACUCAUUGCGCCAUCGUAUUGUAAUGUAGGCGCAGUAGCGACACCAAAGUGUUGUAUUAACUAACCCUUGACAGGCUAAAAUCUACAAAAGUUCAUUAGAACCCAUGGAAUUCAAAUUCUACAACGACAAUCAGAAUGCUAGCAAUCUCAGUGGAUUCAUACUUAUAUUAUUGAAAAUUUAAAUUGAAAGGAAAAAUUAAACAAAUGC